GAUGCCUCCGAACGAUUUAUGACGCCCUGGAAGUAGCUGUAAAUAGCGCCUGGUUUCACCUAUCCCCCUCUUUUGCAAUCCAACCAUCGUUGGAAAACAGGAAGAGGAUCAAAAAUCCCCCAAUAGCCUCUUCUGAACACGAAACAUCAAAUCGUGGCUGAUUGGAACUUGAAUCUUGUUUUGGCAGCGUAUCAUCAAACUUUCUUCGACAUCAGCCCCGAUAUAUGCUUGAAUGUGCACAACAUAGCGCAGGAAGCCAUAGUUUUUGGAGAGUACAAAGAUUGGCAGUCUUUUCGAUUUUGGGCAGUGAAAAGGCAGUUCGCUGAGACAUUUCUACUCGUUAACUCAAAUCUUAAAGACUCAGACAAAUCAAGAAAAUGGUAGGUGUUGGAGGUCGUUCCGGAGGUAAGUGAUGAUAGAGUCAAUUCCCCAUCAUACUUCUUUACUUUUUGUCUAACGUAUGACAGGUUGUCACACUUGCCGCCGUCGCCGCGUCAAAUGCGAUGAAGUUCAUCCAAAGUGUAAUAGAUGUGCCAAAGCCAAAAUCCCUUGUGAGGGUUAUGACCGAGACCUCAAGUUCGUGGACGAAAAAUCCCGAGCGCAAAAACGAGUUCAGGUCAAAAGACAAGCCUAUCUGGAGUCAAUACAGGCUGAGCAAGGCAAGCUCAAAUCCAGUCGUCGCACAACUCAACUCAAGACGGAAACACAAGUUCCACCAAGUCUUUCAUUGGCAGGCAGCGAGACUAUAGUUAGACUAACUUUCAUGCAAAACCAAUUAUUUUCGGGAUGGAGGAUGUUCAUACCUUGGACUAUGUGCGAAUAUCGAGGACAAGAUAACUGCACAACGACCCAAGCAGUUGAUGCACUGAGUAGCAUGUAUUUUGGACGGAUGUAUGGAGAUGUCAAGAGUGUUAACGCUGGGGUCAAUUCUUAUAGCAAGGCAUUACCUUUAUUGGGUCGAGACCUCAAAGACCCAAAGGCCUUCACACUAUCCACUCUUACCAAUGUUCUGAGUUUAGUCAUCUAUGAGGUUUGUAUAGUUUCCGUAGAAUACGAUCGAAGAACUAACAGAUAAUCAGAUGUUUGCGUCCUCUCGUGGGGGCAUGAUACAACAUCUGGGUGGCAUACAAAGAUUAAUUGAGCAAUGUGGACCGAAACGCUUUCAGACACGACCAUCGCUGGACGUCUUUAUCACUGCUAGGAUGGGAAUCAUGCACCAUGAUAUGGACGUCAGGAGGCGAUGUUUUCUAGAAAAUCCAGAUUGGCAGACGAUACCAUGGCUCAAGGAACCAAACAUGAAAGACCUCCAUAUACAAAUCUGUGAUCAAAAAUGCUUCAUACCUGGCCUUCUUGAGGAUAUGGAAGCUUUGAGGACUGGUCUACGCGCUGCUCCCAUGAACUUUCAGAAUCUAUGUGCAUCCGUCACAAUGCACCUACGAAACUUAUACAAUUGGAGAGCUGCAUGGGAAGCACAAUAUCCCAAUUGUGCAUAUCUCGUUCCAAAUACAGAUCCAGACCUUCCGUUCACCACGGCAAUACACUACACAGAGAUAAAAAGAGCAGUAGAGAAUUGUCAUUACCACACAUCCCUACUUGCUCUCUACCGAAUGGCCAGAAUAUUGUAUGGUCCGACUUUCUCCUCUACUUCCAUUACCGCAGAUAUUCCAAUCAUACGAACGAAUCCCGUCCUCCUUCUUCCCAGUGACUCAAAAACACUUCAGGACAUUGCACACGAGUUUAUGCGAUCAAUCCCAUAUCAUUUGUUGGAAUCGCACAGGCAUGGAGGGUACUUUUUCUUGAUGUUUCCGCUACGGAGUGCCUUUGAGGUGUUUAGAGAGGGUUCCCUGGAGUGGUGCUAUUGCGUGAAGCUUUUUAAUGAAAUGGCAGAACAGGGCGGAUUUCUGCUUGCUCGAAGGUUAAUGCCAUCUGGCCUUCGGGGAAGAUUGAUGUCAGAUGAAGCAAUCAACACUUGAAGAUUCCAACAUUUGUUCAAAGAUCGACUCCUAUAUUCACUUCAGACGACGCUCUCAAGAACUCAAAGAAACGACACAAGACUUCGCGCUUCUCCAUGAGAAAGGCCAUUGGGGGACUUUGAUGGAAUAUCGAAUGGACUGGCAUGAACCUUGGUAGUCCAGGCUAACUUUUGAACAAGAGCACGGGCCCUGAA